AUGGCGCAAGCCUCAAAGUGGCAUCCGUUGCCGACAUUUCCAAACCUCCCUGCUCUCAUGAUCUCUCUGCAGGCUGCUUCUUCAUCGUACACACUUCACGUUACUGAUCUCGCCAAUGUGUGGGUAGAAUGCCUCGACAGAAAAGGUAUAAUAUUGCGAAGCCUACAAGAGAACACAAGCAUAGAUUUGAGUGACGGCGAUCCUAAUCAGUGGACCGUCUUUUUCUCUAAGCUUGACGCAGCCUUCGAUCCCACGUCACCAGACCACCAUACGACCAGCCUUAGUAUAUCCGCCUCGACGGCAGGUACAACGUCUGGAGGAGGUCUGGCUCUUCACGUUACAUGCGUGUUACCCGAACCGCUCAAGCCGCUCAAGUGGCCUGUCUACUUGACAAAAUGCCCACCCAUUGGCCUAGCCUCAGAGCUUGUCUUACCACUCAUUCAAGCCCACCAUGUCCGAACGUUGGAGGCCCAGGAUCUCAUAACGAGGCUUAAGGAAAAAGAUGCUGUUAUCACAAAGCUUGUCGAUAAGCUGGAAGCCAACAAGGUCGGCUUAGAGUAUGUCUUUAAUUCACUGUCCACCAAGCGUAAGCCGUCCCGGGCGGUUUUCGAGGAGAAGGUCAAAGGCCUAGCAGCUUUCAACGAAUCCGAAUGGAAGUCAAGUGUCACUGCGAACCAGGAGCUCCCCCGGGACCUGUCGUCCCUGAUUCAUGAGGUUUUUGCGGAAACAGAGUUGCGUAAUAGUGUAAAUGCGGAGAUCUCCCCCUCCAGUCAGCUUAAUGACUGGUGGACGAAGUUAGGAUCGAGCUCAACUACCGCUGUCAAACCUCGGAAGGAAAUUAGUAGGCAGUCACGAGAGACUCCUCCUCUAGAAACCAAGACAAGUAGGGAAAGGGAUGAUGACGACUUUCAAGUACAGGCCACUCCGCCCCAUCUACACCAGUCUUCUCGCAUUGUCCCUAUUGAUGAUGACGAGACCCCAUCAGAGUCUGACACAGAACCAGUGCUACCAGAACCCCAAAGGCGGCAAAAUACCCGGCUAGGGACCAUUGGAAAAUCUAGAGAGCCAUCGUCCCCUCCAGUAAAGUCCUCAUCUCCUGUACCACCACCCCCACCCCCCAAGGACGGAGAUGAAACGGCAUCUGGCUCGGAUUCCGAGGAUGACGCCGGACCAUCCAAAGCCCGGUCUCCUUCAUUUGUCCCGACUGAGAGGAAGGGGGUUGGACUGGGGCGAAUAGGCGGUAAGCCUAAGACUCGAGUGACACCAGAGCCGUCUGAGGAACCGAACGUAACAUCCCCCGGGACAAGGAGCCCUCAAACCACUACAAGCCCCGCGAGGCCCGCAAGUCGAAAGAUUGGGACCAUCGGGACGAGAUCUGAUGCGGAUAGCAAGAGACACCGUCCAUUUUCGCCUACCACAGUGCCAGAGCCCGAGACGGAAGAGCAGAGGACAGAGCGCAGGCGGGCGGAAUUAGCGAAAGAGCUUGAACGUAAGGCGACUGCACCGACGAAGAAGAAGAGGAGAUUUUGA